ACCCCAUUUGCAUGGCAAGUGGAAUAGUUUUCCACUCGUCGAGACCGAUGAGAAACAAGGAGUGCGUAUUAUAAAGAGAUUGAGAGAGAGAGAGAGAGAGAGAGACGCUUCUUACUUCCUUUCCUUUAGUUUAGUCGAGAGUCUCGAAACUGAGAGUCUGAGAAUCAGGGAGUGCUUGUGAUACAGAGAAUCUCAAAGAAAGGGAGAGAGAGAGAGAGAGCGAGAAGAAAGAUGGGUGGGAAAGGGCUGAAAGGUAGAGGAACAGCUGUGAAGAACAUUGAAGGGCCCCGAGUAGUAGAAGGGGCAGUGAUAGGAGACCUCUUACAAAAUGAUCAGGUGUUCUUUGCACCUGAACCUGAAUGCUCAAAUCCUUCCCUGGAAGGAGCCAAAACAGACAUCCAAUUUACCAAGAUGGCAAAUAGUUCGAGGAAGGAAAUGUUGAAUUACAGAAGGGCUAAUCCAAGGCGAUCUCAACGUAUUCAGAACACAAUCUUGUCUACUCAAACUCAGGAUAUUGAGCCUGUGGUUGAAAACAUAGAUGCCAGUGAAAGUGAUGAAGAAGGUCAUGAGUGUGAAAAGAAUACAGAGGCCAUCCUAGGUGCGAAAAGCCUUGGGGACAAAGUUGAUUAUGUUAUUAAACUUUUGGAAUCACAUGAUAAGAUGUAUCAAGCAUUGAUGUCCAAGAAGGGAGCCGAUUGGUUUAAAACCACUUUUUUGGCUGAAGUCAGAUCAGAGGUGAAAAAGAGCAAGUACAAGGAAAUGUACAUAGACUCUCAAAAGAAGAUUGAGAUCUUAAGAGAGGAAAAUUAUCAGCUUGGUAAGAAGUUAGAGAAUGCUCUUGGUAAGCUUGAAGCGUAUGAGAAAGGGCAUAUUUUUUGUUCUGAAGCAAUCGACAAAUUAAGAGAUGCGAUGUUGAUUUCCAGUCUUGCAAAAACAACAGAAACAGUGUUAGUACGUUCACCCUCUAAAUCUGAUAGAAGUCAAGUAGCUAAAAGAAAGAAGAUUGUGAAUGUUGAUCGAAAGGACUGAAUUUCCACUGAUUCCAUCCAGGUCAUUUGGUUUAUCCCUUUGGACAAGCACUUAGUUACAUUGACAAAGAUGUUUCUGUUUGUAGUAGUCAGCUUGACCUGCUUUGGUAGUCUUGCAGGGAUUUUAUCAUCUAGUAACAUCUUUAAUGCCAAUUUACCUUUAACCAAUUUCACUGAA